AUGGAAACCGCGCCCAUGGCCGCCCCGCGGCCCGGCACCGCUCGGAGUGUCUCCCGGGAGGAGCCCAGCGGCUCCGCCGAGCCUUCAGUCUCCGCCCCGACGCCGCCCGCGUCCCUGGAGCAGCCGGUCCCGCCGGGACAGGUCGCCGAGCCGCCACCACCGCCGCGGGACCGAAGCCUGUGGGAGCAGAUCUGCGAGGAGUAUGAAGCUGAGCUGCCUCCCUUUCUAGAAUGUAAAGUCAAACCGGACGCUGCCGCUCCCGUCUCCCCAGUGGAGGAGCUGGUGUUCCCCAGCCUCAGGGCAGAGAAUUUACUGCCAGCAGCCCAGACUCCUGUGUACUCAAGUGUGCCCUGUCCUCAGAAGAAAUUGGAGACACUGGAUCCAAAAACAUGCUCCCCCAAAGAGUAUUUGGAAAAUUUCAUCUUUCCAAUCCUGCUUUCUGGAAUGGUCAGCCUGCUUCACCAAGCAAAGAAAGAAAAGUGCUUUGAGAGGAAAAGGACCAAAUUCAUUGCCUGUGAUUACUUGACCGAGUGGUUGUACAACCACAAUCCAAAGAGGACAGGAGAAACCUUCACAGAAUUCUUCUCUAUUCCAUUUGUGGAGGAGUGGCUAAAGAAUCACCCUCGCCCACCAAUUCCACUGUCGCUGCUGCUGACAGAAGAGGAGGCCGCACUUUCCAUCCAGGCAUUCUGGAGGGCUUACCUGGUACGUUGUGAUCCUGAAAUUCAAGAGCUUCGUCAGUGGCAGAAGAAACUCCAUGAGGACAAGUACAUUCGCCAGCGGGUGCAAAUGCUCUGGGCCAAACAAGAGCAAAAAGUGAAAUGUAAAAUGGAGGACGAGGAGGUACAAGAUGCCACAAUGCCUUCUCCUUAACUCCAUGCCCCUUCUUCCCUCCCCGGCCAGGGCACUGGUACCCCAGGCCAGGAAAAUGUCCAGUGCUCUCUCCAUUUUGAAUGACCAGAAAGAUCUGGUCAGUGCAACCCAGACAGGAUCUGUAGCGCAAGCUUGCCGCAUCACCCGGAAGUGUUUCUCUACACCUGGGAAUUCCUUACUGCUUCCGGAGCCUCCCCUGCCAACCGCUGUUCAGGUCACCAUGGGAUCUCAUCCACACGGGAGAUGAGCUGCCGUGUCCCCAUUUGCCCCGCUUUCAGGAAGACCAGCACUUGCCGUCUCAGAUCUCUGUUUUUUUGUUGUGCUGCUGAGGCAGCUGCCCGACCACCACGCUAUAUUCCCAGGCCAGCAUGAGGCUUAAACCCAGACAAGGAUCACGAAGGAUUUCCCUUGUCUAGACCCCAAAGUAAAGUCUUGCUUUGAUUACGGGUGAAUUCACUUACCACAUCCAUUUGUUCUGCAGUUCACUUUUAGAACCAAGAUGCUCCCAUUCAGAAAAAAACCCAGGAUCAGCAGAAGGCCCAGGGGUGGUUUUGACAAGCUAGCACACGUCUUGUGUAAAUAGUAAAGCCUUUAUUUUUGGGUUAAGAACAGCAUUUUGAAAAUAAAACCUAUCUGCCCAUGCUUCACAAGUUUUUAACUCUGCAGUAUUUAUAUUACAGUCAUGUAUGGUACACAUUGAUUGUCUUGAAGCUUCUUGAAUGCUUUUUUAUUUUUCUGAAUAUGCGAGUCAGCAAAGGGGAAAUUAAGGAACAUUAUAAAACACACGUGAAUGCUCUUAAUAAA